UGUUACAGUUUCUCAAAAAUAUGGUGGUAAAGAUCCUGUGGUUGUCUACACAGGUCCAAGUGCUCAAUUCCAAGAACUCAUUACUGCCGAUAAUUUCCCGCUGUUCCCCUUCACUGAUCAGUUCAAUACAGGAAUUGAAAUUAAUCCAGCAAACAAAGUUGCCACGCCGUAUAAUAAAAACCAAUGCCGCUAUAAUUUGCAGUCACUUGCUGGCGAUUUGAAUGUACCAGUUCCCGGGUGGGGUAACUUUGAUAUGGAUGGAAAUUUCUACGCAGGCAAUAUCAAUAUAGAUGGCAAAGUUGGUUACCAAUUUAGCCCAGUGAAUCAUUUAAAUAUAAAACCAGAAACUUUGGCACUUCUCGGCCAAAAUCCAAAGUUCCGUAAAGCCCGAAAAGAGGUAAAAGAAGUAGUUGUCGGACGCUUGCCGUACGGAUAUGAACCUAUACGAUGUAAACCGCCAUACUGCAACCCUUUCGUCCAUCAUGGGGCAGUUGCAGUAGAAGUAGAACAAGGUGACGAUUCCUUCGUUAUUGGAGGCAUCGACUUUCCAAUACCAUUAGGAGAAAAUGGCGCUGGCGUCCGUUUUCCCUUUUCAGGAGCGGUAGAACAGGGCACUUCUCCAUUCGCAUACGCUCAUGGACAUGCAUUCAAUCCUGUAUCACCCUUCCACUUCGAAAAACUCGAUGAUGUUUGA